AUGUUACUUUGGCAGAGACUAUAUGCCUUUCUCGGCUUCAAAAAGUCCUAUAAUGCCCUUUUCUUCUGCAUGUUUGCCUCGCCGCUUUUCCUUUUCGCUCUUUCUCAGCUCCUUCAAUGCUUCACAAUCCACGGCAUCCAGGUAUCUCAAACAGCCCCCGGAGAAAUGUAUUGGUUUCAGAAAGGCAGCGGACGAGUCGGGAUAUCUAUUCACCUCGCUGCGAUUCUGCCAUGCGCCAUUCUCGCAGUUCUACAGUUUGUACCGGCCAUUAGGCAGGCGAUGCCCUCUUUUCACCGGAUCAACGGCCGCAUCGUUGUGGCGCUGCUUCUAAUCGCCAACGUCGGCGCACUGAUGAUUGCCCGACACAGCUUUGGUGGCACAAUCGAUAUCCAAAGCGCUGUCGGAUUUCUUGUCAUGAUUACCACCAUUGGCGCGGCUCUAGCUUAUUACAACAUCCGACGACUUCAAAUCGAUCAGCAUCGGGCUUGGAUGCUCCGCACAAUGGUCUAUAUGGGCACCAUCCUCACAGCACGAGUGGUGCUGGCGCUCUCAGCCGUGAUAGUCUCCAGCCUGGGGGAAUACCGAAAUGUGUGGCCCUGUGAAAUGAUUGAGUGGACCUGGAAGAGCUAUGGCGCCGACGACUACCUCCAAUCAUACCCUCAAUGCGCCGACAACUCCGCAAUCAACGGCACUUUCGCACCCGUGCUCGCAAAUAUAUUCAGCAGCACUGACCCUGCAGAGAUCGGCGCCAGCUUCCAAGUCCCCGUCGGCAUGGCCUUCUGGGUCUCCAUCGCCUUGAACAUGGCAGGCAUCGAGCUCUACCUCACCCUGACACCGCGUGAAGCUACCAGGCUGCGCAUGGAAAGCUAUAGGAGACAGGCUGCUGCCGGGUAUGGAAACCCAGGGAGCGAGGGUCUUGUCCCGGAGAAAUUCGGCGAUGCUGAUCCUUGGGUGUAUCCUGGGCGGCGGGAAUACCUUGACUACGGGGCGUGCGAGUGA